AUGGAAAUUCUGAACCCCACAAAACCCCUAAACCCAUCUCUGUUCAACACCCAUUUUCUCAAACCCCUUCCUCUUCUUAACUCAAAAACUAUCAAACUCAAACCCCAAGUUCACACUCUUAACAACAGCAAGAGAAGUAAACUUUCUUUAACCAUUAUAACUUGUAGCAAGCUAAAUACAUCUAAAGAAAUCAAGAACAAGGACAAGAAUGUGUCCAAGAAGAUUCUUCUAUCAAAUUCAGCUCCACCUGUUGCGUCAGAGGAGAGUGACGGUGGUGGUGGUAGUGAUGGAGAGAAGGUUCCAGUGAAGGCAGGAAGUGGGGCAUUGGGGUUCUUGAAGAGGUUGCCUAGAAGGGUUUUGACUGUUUUGUCUAAUUUGCCAUUGGCUAUCGGAGAGAUGUUUACCAUUGGUGUGCUGAUGGCUCUAGGUACUAUUAUUGAUCAAGGUGAGGCUCCCGAAUACUAUUUCCAAAAAUUCCCAGAAGAGAAUCCUGUGUUAGGAUUCUUCACUUGGAAAUGGGUUCUCACCCUCGGGUUCGAUCACAUGUAUUCAUCCCCUGUUUUCCUGGGAAUGUUGGCUCUCUUAGGAACAUCUCUUAUGGCCUGCACUUACACCACACAGAUACCCUUGGCUAAGGUUGCGAGAAGGUGGAAUUAUUUACAUUCUGCUGACUCUAUUCGUAAGCAGGAAUUUUCAGACAACUUGCCCAGGGCAUCAGUUCAAGAUUUGGGUGUUAUUCUGAUGGGAGCUGGCUAUGAGGUAUUCUUGAAAGGGCCCUCUCUAUAUGCAUUUAAGGGGCUGGCUGGUCGGUUUUCCCCUAUCGGAGUGCAUCUAGCUAUGCUGCUGAUAAUGGCAGGAGCUACUCUUACUGCCACUGGGAGCUUCAGAGGCUCAGUCACAGUUCCACAAGGACUGAAUUUUGUUGUAGGAGAUGUAUUGGGCCCAAGUGGGUUUCUCUCAACUCCCACUGAAGCUUUCAAUACUGAGGUUCAUGUCAACAGAUUCUACAUGGAUUACUAUGAUGGUGGUGAUAUCAAACAAUUUCACACUGACCUGUCACUAUUUGACCUUAAUGGGAAGGAGGUUAUGAGGAAAACAAUUAGCGUGAAUGAUCCUUUACGUUAUGGUGGGAUCACUAUGUACCAGACAGACUGGAGCAUUUCUGCAUUGCAGGUACGUAAGGAUGAUGAGGGACCUUUCAAUUUGGCUAUGGCACCAUUAAAGGUCAGUGGAGACAACAAACUCUAUGGAACCUUCUUACCAGUAGGGGAUGUUAACUCUCCUGAUGUCAAGGGAAUAUCAAUGCUUGCUCGUGAUCUACAAUCCAUUGUCCUUUAUGAUCAAGAAGGGAAAUUUGUUGGAGUGCGAAGGCCUAACUCUAAGCUUCCGAUUGACAUAGAUGGCAUGAAAAUUGUUAUUGAAGAUGCAAUUGGAAGCAGUGGUCUUGAAUUAAAGACUGAUCCAGGUGUGCCCAUUGUGUAUGCUGGAUUUGGUGCUCUAAUGCUCACAACUUGCAUGAGUUACUUAUCUCAUUCACAGGUAUGGGCUUUACAAGACGGAACAGCAGUGACUGUCGGAGGAAAGACUAACCGAGCAAAAGGUGAAUUUCAAGAUGAGAUAAAUCGAUUGCUCGAUAAGGUUCCAGAGAUAGUUGAAUCAUCUCUUUCAAAGCAAUCUGAUGUUGCAAGUGGCUAG